UGCCACAAAACUGAUAAUCAGAGCAAUCGCAAACCAUAAACUGUUUUACAGUUUAGAAGACAAUGUUUCUUCGAUUUUGUACCAUGAUAUCAUUGGUCCUCCUAGGAUUUGGCGUUGCCUUUUCGCUGGGACAGAAUUACACAGAACCUCUUGUUUUGGAGGGAAAGUGUCUGGUGGUUUGCGAUGCGAACCCGUCUGUAGAGGGAGCAUUGACCUCUUCCUUCGGGAUAUCUGUCCGGGCAAGCGGUACUAAAGUGGCUUUCUCUGCACUCAGGGGAACGAACCACGAACCAUCUGAUAUGAGCAAUACGUCUCCGACCAUCUACUUUGACCAGGUAUUAGUGAACAUUGGCAACCAUUUCAAGCUGCAAGCGAGUGUAUUUCAAGCACCAAGAAGAGGCAUUUACAGUUUUAGCUUCCAUGUGGUGAAGGUUUACAACCGACAGACUAUACAGGUAAACUUGAUGCACAAUGAAUACCCUAUAAUAUCAGCUUUCGCCGGGGACCAUGAUGUCACUCGAGAGGCUGCGAGCAAUUCAGUCCUUCUGCACCUGGAACGGGAGGACAAACUCUACUUGAAGCUUGAGAGGGGGGAUCUAAUGGGUGGCUGGAGGUACUCAACGUUUUCUGGAUUCUUGGUGUUUCCACUCUAAUCACAACUCUCAAAUCAAGUGACUUUUUUAUUUUCUUCAAGGACGUUGGCCGCCCAUAUCUGGACUUAAAUUAUGAAGACAUGUAUAUCUGACUGUGAGAUGAAGUAGGCUAUUUUGGCAAUUUAUGACGAAAUUAUUCCGUGCUAUGAGGUUGGGAUUUGUAUUGCUGAAUGUGACUGAUUGUUGGUAUGAUAUUAUAGAAACUGCGAAGAGUAGCCUAUUCAAGCGUUUGUCAGUUGCGCCCAUUCAGUAGCUAUCCAUGGUCCUGAGACCGUAGACACACGGUAGCUGUCUGUUGAAACCACAAAACGCAUAUCAAGCGUACAGAGCCAAUAGCUGGCAAUUGAGUGUUGGCUCUAGUGUCAACGUUGUUGCAGUAGUGCCAUUGAAAUAUUGUAAUCAAAUAACAUUUUCCAAAGGUGUGCAAAUGCAGGCUAGCUGGCAUUUGGACCUAUAUUUCACAUUGAUACAGUGUUAAUUUUGGCAUUUUUUAAAGGGUUUAGUCCAGUCUUAGUCACUUUGUAAUAACAUCCAAAUCAAAUCAAAUGUUAUUGGUCACAUACACGUGUUUAGCAGUUGUUAUCGCAGGUGUAGCGAAAUGCUUAUGCUAGUUCUGACAGUGCAACAUUACAACAUUAAGUCACAUUUGUGUCAUUUGAAUAAUGAUUAAGUCUGGUCAUUGUCAAACAGUGCACCAUUUUCGUAAACUAAAUUCCCUUUAAUUUCAGUCACAUUUUAGUCACAUCACAUUUGUUUUGUCUCAUUAACCUAUAGUAAACAUAAAUCACUGACUCCCAUGUGCACAAACAUACAUAACCUUGUCCCACCAACAUAUUUUUAUGC